AUGCCUAGACAAGAGUCUCAAAAGAGGAAGUUAACGAGAUUCCCCAUAUCAAGGUUAAAAAGGAUAAUGCAGCUGAACGAGGAUAUAGGAAAGAUAGGUGCUUCUGUACCUGUUGUUGCGAGCAAAGCCAUUGAGAUGUUUCUCACAGAGAUAGUGGAGCUCACACUCAGAGAGGCUAAAAAGAAGAAUUCAUCAAGGAUGUCUCCUGAGUUUAUCAAUAGGGCUAUAGAAUCCAACCCGAAGUUUGAGUUCCUGAAGAACAUGGAACAGUUUAAGAGCAAGGAGUAG